AUGACUACACUCGUCAAGAUUUCCACUGCCACUGCCUUAGCUGGUGCUGGUCUCGGUUACGCCUACUAUAGUCAACAAAAGACUGAGACACCCAAACCCAAAGAGUUUCCAAAGCAUUUCGAUCCUCACCCAUUCCAACACUUGUCGCAACAAGAGAUUGAUGCACGGUUACGUAGCGGCCAGAUUAUCAACAAGAGCAACGCCAAAUGGGUCAAGGCCAUUUAUACCAAUCGGAUGGCUUCCAAUGAUCCAGUCGAAGACAACUAUAGUGUGAAUACUUUCCAGGGCAGUAAACUCCUUGCCGGCGUCUAUGAUGGACACGUUGGACCCUUUUGCUCCGAAAUGAUCAAGGAACAACUUCCAAUCUACGUUGUUAGACAACUUGAGCAAGAUAAGCCUGAACAAGGAAAGCCCACGGAGAAUGUCAUUUCAACUGCAUUCGAAGUAUUGGAUCAAGAUAUUCAACAACGCUUUUAUGAUCUUUUCCCAAAGAAUGUGGCACGCGUCACCGAGAAUGAUAUUCGAGAAGCCAUUGCGCGCAAUCCUAAUGCCAAGACCAUUAUCAACGAAGCCAUCACUGGAUCUUGCGCAUGUGCAGUGUAUAUUGACGAUGACAAUGUGUAUGCAGCUAAUGCAGGCGAUUCAAGAGUUGUUGUCAUUCGCCAGGAGAAGGAUGGAAGAUGGACUGGAAGACGUAUGGUGGAAGAACAAUCACCAGCACAUCCAGCAUGGCGUGCCCAUUUGAUAUCACAGCACCCACCCAAUGAGGCCGAUGCCAUUGUGAGACGCAAUCGUAUCUUUGGUUUGAUCGCUGUUGGAGGAUGCUUUGGCGAUAUCAUGUACAAGGUGCCAAAAGAAUAUCAAAUGAAUGUUCUUCCUUAUAUCCCCCACGAGAUUUACAGUCGAUUCGCACGUUAUCAUCAUCAAAUCAUUCGUAAUUAUUGGACACCACCCUAUUUGCAGUCGAAGCCUCUUGUUGCUCACUACAAGUUACAACCUGGUGAUCGUUUUAUCGUGCUUGGCACUGAUGGAUUAUGGGAUGAGCUUAGUUGGGAUUCUGUUCGCAGUAAAAACGGUGACCAAGUAGCGGCUGAAUUAAUGAGCACAUGGCCUGACAAGGAGGAUCCAAAUGCUGCCACCCAUUUGAUGCGGCAAGCCCUUUUAUAUGAAGCCGUGUACAAGAAUGUCGGCGUCAAGGAACCCGUGACCGAUUCAGUACUUGAGUUAUCGAAGCGACUCACUCGCCAACCUUCAAGAAGAUAUCGUGACGACAUUACCAUCACUGUAAUCGAAUUGGAUAGCCAUGGUGUACAUGAAGUGAAGGAAAAUGCAGGCCCUGUGUUUGAACCAAAGGAGGUUGAUACUUCAAAACCAAGACUUGCAGAGCCUAAAAAAUCAAGCUGGUAUUCUGGAUGGAUAUGGUCACGUCUAUAA